AUGGAGGAAUCAAAUCGCCUGAUGAAAGCAGAGCUGGAAAGGGCAAAGGAAGAAAACCGAGCCCAGAUGGAGAGGCAAUCACAACUUCUGAAAGAGAAAGAAGAAUUGGAAAAGGAUAUUAAAGAACAAGCUCAUAUCAUCGCAGAGAUGUCUGAAGAGAACGGCAGAUUACAAAAAGAACUAAUGGAGGCAAAGAUGAACGACUUCGUGCGAGGCGAACGGCACGAAGCUCUACUGACCGAACUAGAUGGAUUAAAGGAGAAGAUCAGUUUCCUCGAAAAUAAGUUGUCCAAGCCUGUGGAAGAGGAAGAGAACGAAGCCUCAGAGGAAGAUCUACCUGAGGAGAGCGUCCCUCUUCCACAGCAAGUCAGUCAUCUCGGUAAUGAUGAGGAAACGUUGGAAAACCAAGGACGACCUGCGAAAAGAAAAGUGACCCUAAACAGAAACUUACUCCAAGGAAAGCUGCAGGCUAAAGAGGAACAGAAGGAAGACGAAAAAGUUGUUGUAACUGUAAAGAAAAGAGCAAAAGAAACAAAAAGAGAAGACCAAGGAGUUGUAGAGAAAGAUGCCCACAAGGAUGACACGGGGAGCAAAAAGCCCCAACAGGUUAAAAAGGCUGAUCGAAAACGGGGAUCACCUUCGACUUGGAACAGCAUCAGCCUAAGCCAAACAAAAGUGUCUUCUCGCGUUUUACAAGACUUCCCCUCAACAGGAGGACAACUGUAUAAUCUUCAGAGGGGAAAAGGUAAAACUUAG